AUGGAAGAGUUUGGGGAAGCCAAAAUUUCCCGGGUUAGAGACAAUAUCUUUGCCAUAACGGUGCAAGAUGAGAGUAUGGCAGAGAAGAUCCUCGAAAGGGGACCAUGGUCUGUCAUGAGAAAUUGCUUCUCGGUGAAGAGGUGGCCUGGUCAGCUAGCGAUUAAGGAGACUGACACAGAAAUGGUGCCGUUCUGGGUACAAGCCCGAGGCAUACCACUGAAUCUCUACAUGAAGGAAAAUGCUGAGAAGAUAGGGGGGAAAAUAGGGAAGUUGCUGGAAUACGAAAACCCCAACAUGACAAGGGGAUUUGUGAGAAUAAGGGUACAAAUAAACACAACUAAACCGCUUCCCCCUGGGUUCUGGCUCACAAGACGUGAUGGAUCGGAAUCUUGGGUUGAGGUCCAGUACGAGAGACUCUCGGAUUUCUGCUAUAACUGUGGGUGGAUAGGUCAUUGCAAUACCGAGUGCUCCUACGAGAGACAGGAAUCAGGAGCCGCUGGGUAUGGUGUGUGGACGUGA